UGCGCUUGUGGGCGUGUCACUUCCGCACUUGAGAAGUAUUGGGCAAAACGAUGACACUACAACCGGGUAUUCUGCAUUUCUGUCAAAGGUUUCUUAAAACUAAGUAAAAUAAAGCGAAAAUGGAGAGGUGUUGCUGUGGAUUGAUUACGCCUGAGAAGCAAGCAGUGCCUCUGCAGAGUGUGGAUGUUCAGGUGGAUGUGAAGGACCAUGUCGCCACAGUGGUGUCAACACUGCUCUACAAAAACAAAGAGGAGAAACCCAUCGAGGCGGUGUUCGUUUUUCCCAUGCCCAGUGAAGCAGCCGUCUGCCAUUUCAGUGCUAAAGUUGGAGAGACUCUUAUCGUGGCUGAGGUGAAAGAGAAGAAACAGGCUCGUGAGGAGUAUGAUGAUGCACUGAGCUCCGGUCAACAGGCCUUUCUAUUGGAGGAGAGCGACCAGAGUCCAGAUAUAUUCUCUAUGAGUGUUGGCAGUCUGCCCCCUGGAGAGAGCGCCUCCAUCAGGCUGGAGUAUGUCACUGAGCUGGAUGUGCAGGCCGAUGAAGCUCUGAGAUUUUGUCUUCCUGCUGUCCUCAACCCUCGAUACCAACCUGCAGGAACAGAAAGCAGCAGUGUGAAAGUGACAUCAAUCCCAUCUUCUCUGGUGCCCUAUGAUCUGACCUUCUCGGCCCGAGUCGAGUCACCGCGGCCAGUCUCCAAAAUAGAGUCCAUUUGCACCAUGGACCCGGUGGAGUACCUCAACCAAGAUCAAACUAAGGCAUCGGUGAAACUGGCAGCAGGACACAAGUUUGACCGAGACGUGGAGCUGCUCAUUUAUUACAAAGACAGUCACCAGCCCUCAGCUGUGGUGGAGGCAGGACAGGCCUCAGCCAAACCUGGCUCUCUGAUGGGAGACCCAGCCCUGAUGCUGAGUCUGUAUCCGGAGUUCCCCAAAGACAAUAUGUCGUCUGUGUCUUCCUCUGGAGAGUUUGUGUUUCUAUUGGAUCGAUCUGGAAGUAUGGACUGUUCUAUGGGCCACAGAGGAGAGUCAGGGAGUCGGAUUGCCAGUGCACGGGACACUCUGCUGCUGCUGCUCAAGAGCUUACCCAUGGGCUGCUACUUUAACAUCUACAGUUUUGGAUCCACAUUUGAACAAGUCUUUUCGGAGAGUGUGGAGUACAGCCAAAAGACAAUGGAGGAGGCUCUGAAAAAGGUGGAAAAGAUGGAGGCUAACCUGGGAGGAACUGAGAUUCUGGCUCCUCUAAAACGCAUUUACAGUCAGGGCUGCAUCCCCAACCAGCCCAGACAGCUGUUUGUCUUCACUGAUGGAGAAGUAGGAAACACCAAAGAAGUUAUCAACCUGGUCAAGUCUAAUGCAGGCUCUCACAGGUGUUUUUCUUUUGGGAUUGGAGAAGGAGCCAGUUCUGCUCUUAUCAAGGGUUUGGCCAAAGAAGGAGGAGGACACGCCCAGUUCAUCACUGGAAAUGACAGGAUGCAACCCAAAGUGAUCCAGUCUUUGCGCUUCGCCAUGCAGCCAGCAGUGGUGGACAUCUCUGUGAAAUGGGACCUGCCCAAAGGGGUGUCUGCCUCUGUGCUGUCCCCACCUCUCACAUCCAUUUUCCAGGGACAACGGUCACUGCUGUACGCCCAACUCACUGGACAGAGCAAAGAGGGAGCAGAGGGCUGUGUGACUGUCAAGUACAGCCUGGCAGGACGUCCCACCGAGAACAAGCUCAACUUCAGCCUCAAACCAGCGGAGGACACAGGACUCACAGUGCACAGGCUGGCAGCACGCUCUCUCAUUCGAUCUCUGGAGCAGGAGCAAGAGGGCGCUAGAGGACAGAAAGACGACACUGUGAAGAAGAAAAUCAUUGAUCUGAGCGUCCAAUCAGGAGUCAGCAGCUCCUUCACUGCCUUCAUCGCCGUGAACAAAACCAGCGGAGAAGCCAUUCAAGGCCCUCUGCUGAGAAGAGAUGUCCCUUUACCAAUGAUGAUGGGUUGUAGUGCACCCAUGCCCUUCGCCCGGAUGUCUUGUCCUGAUAUGAUGCCAAUGAUGGCUUGUGCUCAAAACAAACAAAAAAAAGGGUUCAGCCUCCCAAAAUUUGGUCGCAAAAAGAGGAGUAGUGGAUCUCCUGGAUCUUUUGAUGCGCUUCCAGUGGUGGGAUCUAGUGGCUUCGCAGCUCCACCAAAUUUAACCCCCAACUGGAUGAUCUUCCAAUUAUUCUAAGCAGUGAUGCCACAACAUGCCAAAACUGGACCCCACUUUGUUAUUUUGAACAGUACAUUGAUGACUCUGUGUUUGAAAAAAUGGCUAUGUGCACAAACCAACGUGAAGUCCUUCAUUCUGGAACAUCACUAAACACUACCCCUGGAGAGUUGAAGACUUUCUUUGGGUGCUCCAUUUACAUAGCCUGUUAAGGUUAUCCAAACAUUCAAAUGUAUUGGGCUUCAAAGACACUAUGGAGCGCUACAUCUUGCAAAAAUGGUGGAUGAACCACAUGCAUCAAGGUGUCGUAGAUCUGGCUGUAACAGCAAAACCUAUGUGAUAUGCACUAAGUGCCAAGUCUUUCUGUGUGUUUCAAAAAAGGGGAAUUGCUUCCUCAAAUAUCACACAAAGUAAACCAGAAAACGUUCAAAGUGCAAUGUUCCAAAAUAAAUGCACUACACAUCUGUAUUGAGGUUGUUGAGGGACAUAAAUCCUGAGUUCAGUUACUCUCUAUGGAAUUGAAUUCUAUGGAAGUUGUUAAAUUUGUACAUCAAUAAAGUUCUGAUGUCCGCUAUAGUGGACAUGCUGUAUUUUUCAAAUAAAAACUUGAAAAAGAAAAAAAAAGUUUUCAGUAUAGUCACUGUCUUCUAAAUAACUGGGGAAGCUAAAAAAAAAUUAAAUUGGAAUACAUUUUUUCUCUGGUAGUCAGGAGGAUAUGACAAUGCAGAUUAAACUCAUGACCAUGAUUCACUUCCAAAUUUUCAACUAAACCUCUUCUCCAUUCUGCUGUUGUCUCAUAAAUACUUGAAAUAUGAAUAAAAUAAUGAUCAACCAAUAAAAACUUUAGUCAGCUAAAAAAAAUCAAAGUCAAUUGAUUAAGCGACUACAGGACUACAGUCUCUAUAAGUCCAAAUUUGUUUCUGGGUUUGGUUUAGUCUCGUGGUUUGUGUGCAGAUGUGAACGCAGCAGAAGUAUCUAAAUUGUGCU